UGCUUCAAUUCAAACGCGAAAAAUAUGGAUACACCUCGAGCCAAGCCGAAACAACAAUCCCGUUCGAAACGUGCGGAUCUCAAGUUCCCGGUCGCGCGAGUCCAUCGGCAGCUACGGAGCGGCAACUAUGCCGAACGGAUCGGCGCCGGUGCCUCCGUGUAUUUGACGGCCGUAAUGCAGUACGUAACGAGCGAAAUACUCGAACUAGCCGGAAACAACGCCCUGAACAGCGGCAAGAAACGGAUCAUCCCUCGGCACGUGCUGUUGGCCAUUCAGCUCGAUGCCGAGCUGAAACGGGUUCUGACGAAUGUGACCAUUCCGCAGAGUGGCAUUGUGCCCCAGUUACAAGCAUUGAUUAACCUCCCUAAAGCU